GUAAGAUGGCUAUCAUCAAACAGUAUUAUCUUUUAUUACUAUUAUUUGUCAGCUUUUAUUUUGUUUCGACGGCUUCCACAGAAAAGAUCUCUGAAAAUGAAAUUCCUGAAUCUCUACGAUCUCAACUUUUAACAAUUCCCGAAAAACAAAAACUAGCGAAAAUUCAUUAUGACUGGUAUGGAUACUCCUUAAAACGACUAAUGGUACAAUUGGGAAAGAGUGUUCUGAAAAAUUUGGAUCUAGUGGGUUCAAACAAGUUUCUGAGUUGUCUGAAAAAAGUGAAAAAAUCCGAAAAAUCGGAAGAGCUGGAAAACAUUGCAAGAUGUUUAACAAGGGCGAAGAUGAAAGAGGCGAAGCUGAGAAAAUUAGGAUGGAAAAGGAAAAUUGAAAAGCCGAUAAUCCCAGAAUAUCAUCGAAGAUCAAAACGAAGUUAUCGGCUGAAAGAAGAACCCAGGUUUUAUAUAAAAAGUCAAUCCUCGUACAAUUUAAAGGAUCCUCCAUCUAGUCCAAUAUCCAAAUUCUCGAAUCUGCUUUUGACUCUUCUCAAGAACACCACGUCAUCGGAGGCGGAAGAGAAAUGGGCAUCGACGUUCCGAAGAAUGAAAAGAAUGAACAAAAACUUGGAAAAAAGUCGAUCAUCCACUUAUCGAACUAUCAAGCACCGUGCGUAUGAUCUCGUUCUAGAAGACGACGACGACGUUCAUGCUGAAAAUCCUUUUGAGAUGGCCGGUCAAGUAAAUCAUCCGUUAAUACAGGAUGGUCUGAAACUGGUCUCAAGUAUGGCUGGAAAUCAAAAGACAGGAAUUUCAGCUCGAAUUCUAAGCCCAAGAAUUGCUCCUCUGAUGCCCAGCAACUCAAAAGGAUUAUUGUCUCCAUCAAUCUUUCCGUUUUAUAAAGAUGAUGUGGAGGAACAGUUUUUUCCAAUUCCAGAUCUCAUCGAGAAGUCAUCUUUCGAAAAAUCCGAAAAAGACCGACUCCUAGCGUUUUUCAUGGAAAUUUCCAGAACCCGACCAAUUUUGGAUGAGGCCAUGAAAAUGAUAAAGCUUCUCAAUCCUGAGAAGCAAUCAUUUUCAAAUCAGCAAGAGAAGGAGGCCGUUUUAUCAGCAACUGAUAACAUGAGUCAGAAUUUUGAGAAUCUUGAAAAGUCACUGAGCAAAAAUCAGAAAACUGAGCUCAAAGAAAGCGGAUUCUCGUUUUUGGAAAUGCCGCAAAUGGAGAAUCUUUUCGGGAACUACGGCGCUGACUCAACUCUGCAAAAACCUGAAAUGCAAAGCUACCGUAACUACACCAAAUCUGAAAGAAUGCUCUCCCUCUGGAAGUCCAUCGAAAACAUCGCGUAUCCCGUGAGAAGAGUGAAACGUGGUAGAACCAUAAGAGUUGGCGACGUAACUGUAUACACUUCACUGAAUCCGACUGUCUUCACUCCGUACAUGUUUUCUCCGGUUUACGGAUUAUCUGUAUUAGGUCCCGUCAUCUUCUCCCCCAACAUAUUUUCUCCACUGAUUCUCAACCCUUCGGUAUUAUCUCCAUGGAUAUUUUCUCCGGCAGUACCAUUACCAUUUAUUCUCUCACCAUAUCUACUAUCCCCAUACAUCUUCUCCCCAUUAGUUAUGGCUCCAUUUAUCCUGAAUCCAUAUGUGUUGUCUCCAAACAUUUUCAAUCCAUAUGUGCUAAGCCCGUUAGUUCUUUCACCACUGUUCCUGUGCCCGGAUGUAUUUUCUCCAAUGGUUCUAGGUGGCGUCAUACUCUCGCCCAACAGCUUUUCUCCUGCAGUUUUCUCAAAAUCGUAUAUUAUGGCCACAGUUUUAUCCCCCACAGUACUUUCAUGACACAUACUACAUAUAACAGAAAAUAUGUACAUAAUAAGAGUUUAUUUGUGAUGUUUCAAAUGAGAGAUUAAAAUUACCUUGCAAU